AGGGAAUCGCAGGGAGAAGGAGAGAGGUAGAUAGAAGGGGAUUAAAGCCUAUUUAGGGAGAUCUAGGACCUCAAAAAAGACAGGGAGAGUUCAGACCUGACCACACAGUAGACAGACAGAUACAGCAGCCGAGCGAUGUUGGUGAUAAGCGAGUUUUUAGUAGCUCUGGUCAUCUCUCUCUUUGUUGUGCAAUUUCUGAAACUGAAGUGGGCAUGUAGCCGGCUUCCUCCUGGACCAACUCCCCUCCCCCUCAUCGGCACCAUGUUGCAGAUGGAUUUCAAACGCCUGCACGAGACUCUCAUUAAGUUGGCACAGAUUUACGGGAACAUCUUCACCUUGUGGAUUGGACAUAUUCCUGUCAUCAUACUGAAUGGAUUCCCAACUGUGAAGGAUGGCCUGACUAUCCACUCUGAAGCCAUCUCUGGCCGCCCAACAACCCCUUUCCUUCAGAAAACAGCCGGAGGAAAGGGUAUUAUUUUCACAAGUGGUCACACCUGGAAGCAGCAGAGACGCUUCGGGCUGAUGACCCUGCGGAACCUGGGGCUGGGCAAGAAAGGCCUGGAGCACCGAAUCCAAGAGGAGGCCCGUCACCUGGUGGAGUACUUUAUGAAUGAGAGAGGUACAUCAUUGCCAGCAUAGCUGGGUCUUUUCACUUCCAGAAGCAUGUCUCUGUCAUGCCAGCAAGAGGAGAGAAUUCCAGGCCCCAGAUGGCUAGAUAUGGGCAGAGUUAACCCCAGUGCUUUACGUGAUCACAAGUGUUAUGUGUGUUCAGAUUGUAUCUUAAGUGACAGGUUUCAGAGGGGUAGCCCUGUUAGUCUGUAUCAGCAAAAACAACGAGGA